CUCAGUUUCAACGGCUUAAAAACUGUGGAGAACGAGAGCUAUUUGUAGCCAGUGCAUCGUGACAUGUAUCUAGGUCUAACUCCUAGAUUCAGCUUUGAAAAGUAGGCCUAAGUUACAUACACACAGAGAUGGGCCUAUACUACGUGGCGGCUAGAGUACAAACAACAUCGUUUUGAUGAUAAUUCACGAUCCAAUGUAAGAAUGUUACUGAAAUCCGUGUACUGAAGGAAUUUCCGUGGACUGAAAGAAUUCCCUUGGACUGAAGGAAUUUCUUUGUACUGAGGGAAUUUCCUUGACUGAAGGAAUUUGCUUGUUCUGAAGGAAUUUCCUUGACUGGAAGAAUUCCCCUGGGCUAACAAUUUCCUCGUACUGAAAGAAUCUUGUGGACUGAAGGAAUCACCUUGUACUGAAGAAUCUCCUGUGACUGAAAGAAUUUCCUCGACUGAAUGAAUUCCUGUGGACUGAAGGAAUCGCCGUGUACUGAAGAAUCCCCGCGGACAGAAGGAAUUUCCCUGAACUGAAGAAAUUUCCCUGAACUGAAGAAAUUUCCCUGGACUGAAGAAAUUUGGGUGGUUUGAAGUUUUAUCUGGCCUACGUCCCCUCUGGAACGAAAUCUGAAUUUUAGUGUUCGGAAGGUAUUACCGUGAUCACAGCUGUGUUUCUGCUGGCUCUUAGUCAUUUCGAGCUGUACUACAUGUCGUUGCAAAAGAAGAGUUGAGGAUGGACCAGUGCUCAUCUCCUCGCCCAAUCUACACUCUCCACUGGGGGGAUAGUUUGACGAUAGGCCUCUACUUCUUGGUUGUCCUUAUCGUAGGCGCAUGGGCUACAUUCAAAGCUGCGAAGGGAAAUGCCCGUGGAUACUUCUUGGCUGGGAAAAACAUGACGUGGAUUCCGAUCGGGGCCUCCAUCUACGCCAGUAACAUCGGGGCUCCAUUGUUCAUUGGUCUAGCGGGAACAGCGGCAGCCUCGGGCAUAGGCGGGAUGAUCUUUGAGUGGCAUGCAAUUCCAUUUAUCCUGGCCUUAGGGUGGAUCUUUGUUCCCGUAUUCAUCGCUUCUGGGGUAUAUACAAUGCCUGAAUACCUGAAGAAAAGAUACGGAGGCAAGCGGCUGAGAAUCUACCUGUCGGUUUUGUCCCUGGUUGUCUAUAUCAUCACCAAAAUAUCGAUAGAGAUGUACGCAGGCGCUGUGUUUGUGCAGAUGUUGUUUGGAUGGAGCAUGUAUUUAUCAGGAUCCAUCAUUCUCAUAUUCUCAGCCGCCUUUACGAUGACAGGUGGCCUCACUGCGGUACUGUACACAGACACUCUCCAGGCAGUGGUUCUUACCGGCGGAGCGAUCGUCCUUUUAGCUAGGAGUCUGAUGGAAGUUGGUGGAUAUAACGCCUUGCUCCAUAAAUAUAUGAGGGCUGUACCAAACACGACGUUGCAUAGCAACAGCACGUGCGGCUACCCACGUCCGGAUUCCUUGAGCCUGCUCCGUGACCCCGUGAACUCUGAUUAUCCCUGGCCAGGAACUCUGAUUAUUAACUGUGCAGCGGACGUCUGGUUCUGGUGCGCGGAUCAGAUCAUGGUACAGCGCUCCCUGUCGGCCAAAAAUCUCAGCCAUGCCAAAGGGGGGUCAAUCUUGGCCGGCUAUCUCAAGAUUCUCCCAUUCUUUCUUUUUAUCCUGCCGGGUAUGGCCUCCAGAGUCCUUUUCACAGAUGAAGUAGCAUGUGUGGAUCCGGCAGCUUGUGAGUGUAUAUGUGGAAACCCGGCUGGAUGUUCGAACAUUGCAUAUCCGGUACUUGUGCUGAAAAUUCUGCAGCCAGGUAUUCGUGGUUUGAUGUUGGCGGCGUUGUUUGCAGCUUGCAUGAGCACUCUGACGUCAGUCUUCAACAGCGCCAGUAGUAUUUUUACCAUGGAUCUCUGGACGCGGUGUAGAAAGAACGCCAGCGAGUGGGAAUUGUUGAUUGUUGGCAGGAUUGUCGUUUUGGCAUUGGUUGGGUGCGCCAUCUUGUGGAUUCCCAUCAUGCAAGCUGCCCAAGGGGGAGAACUGUGGCAGUACUGGCAAAUGCUCAUGUCUUGUGUGGGUCCACCGUGGGGUACUGUCUUCAUCUUAGGCUUCUUCUGGAAACGCGCCACCGAACCGGGAGCAUUUUACGGGAUGAUCGCUGGUCAGCUGGUUGGUGUGACCCGCCUGGCGUUGUCCGUGGUUUACCCUUCCCCCGCCUGUGACGUCACAGAUGACAGACCGUUUGUUGUCAGAGUUCACUUCUUGUAUGUGGCCGCCACAGAGAUCGCCGUCACCGCCACACUAAUUCUCAUCAUCAGCCUUUUUACUCCAGCUCGACCUCCGGAAAAGUUACAUCGGGUCACUUGGUGGACGCGUCACUCACGCCAGAUGCCAGUUGACGAUGACGAGACAGAUGACAUGUCAGAGAAGAACAGCAGAAUUAAGAAUGAUUCCACGGCUCGAGAGAAACCAAGAUGGCGGAGCGCUUUGGAGAAGUGUUGUGGUCUAUCGGGUGUAAAAUCAGCCAAGCUCACGGCAGAAGAAAUGGCGGCUCAAAUAAAAAGGCUGACGAGUAUUCGUGAGAAACGACAAUCCCGGAUACUACUAGAUAUCAACGCUGUAAUCUUACUUGCCGUGGCUGUGUUUCUCAUUGGCUUCUAUCAUUAG